AUGCGCGGCGGCUCGGGCCUCGCACUAGCCUACGUGCUCGGCCUGUUCGCGCUCGCCGCGACGCGCCGCAGGGAAGGGCUGCAGCGCGUCCUUGUGAGGGCCAAAUUGCUGCUGCCGCCGGCGGAUGCCGAUUGGGGCCCGUGCGCGCGGCACGUGCCCUUCGCCGAGGGCGUCUCGCUGGCCAAUGGCGACGCGCUGCGGGGCUGCGCCGGCGAGUGCGCCGUUGGGACUUGCGAGCCGUCGCUGUUGCGGCUGACGGCGCAGGGCGCUUUAGUUUUGCAUCGCGGCGCGGACGCGACGGCGCCCGUCGCCUGGAAGCUCGCGACGGAGCCGUGGUGGCGGCGCUUCGGGCCGCCCAAGCCCUACCGCGCCACUAUCAAUGGUGGAGCCGUCGAGCUGUAUAGCCAAGGCGCGUUGCGAAAGACGGCGCCGCUCGCGCAGCUUCAUGCACUAUCGGAGGCGAUCGGCUACGACGCCCCACCACAACGGCAGUAA